UCUCAUUUAGAAUAUUAUUUCAUUUCAAUAAAUGAUUGUGUCAAAACAUUUGAAAGAGAUUUGUGCUUGCACGUUCAUGAGAUGUUUUGGAGUCAGAUCUUGUGUCAUUGAGGUCAGUAAAUGUGUGUCUGAGCUGAAUGUGAAUGCACUCGAUGUUAGACGAUGAGUGUUUGUGUUCAUAUUCCUGAGAGUGUUAGACGUACAGUUUAUGAUGCUGUGAUGGACAAUGUGUUAAUGUCAUUUAAGAAGAAAAUAAAGAAUGCAUUAAAUAUUGACAUUAAACUUUGUCAUUGCAUUAAACUCUAUGAACUUGCACAAGUCAGAUCUUGUGUUAUUGAGGUCAGUAAAUGUGUGUCUGAGCUGUGAGAAUGUGGUUUAAAGUGCUGCAAUGAUCUUCAGCUGAAGCACACAGUGUUAGAUGAUGUUUCUGUGUGUUCAUGUUCAUGAAAGUGUGAGAUCUUCUGCAGUUUUUUCUUACAACCACAAAGUAACUUAAAACCACAAAGUAACCUGUUAGACUGAAAAAUACCUUUGAUGAAUAUCUGAAAUGAGAGUUUUCAGAUCCAGAAUGAUGUUUUCUUUCCUCUGCGCUCUGAUCCUGAUUGUCCUGUGUGGAGUGUUUGGUGAUACAGAUGAAGUGAAGUCAGUGUCAGUGACUGAAGGAGAUUCUGUCUCUCUAAACACUGAUGUUAAAAUACAGAGAGAUGAUCAUAUUCUGUGGAUGGUUGGACCUAAAGAGACGAGGAUAGCUGAAAUCAUUAAAAGAGACCAAAUAAACUUUAUUUCUGUCAGUGAUGAUGGGAGAUUCAGAGACAAACUGCUGUUGGACAAUCAAACUGGAUCUCUGAUCAUCAGAAACAUCAGAACUGAACACACUGGACUUUAUAAACUAUCCAUCAUCAGCAACAAAGAAACCUCAUACAAGAGAUUCAAUGUUUCUGUCUAUGCUCCUCUGCCUGUUCCUGUCAUUAUCAGAGACUCUUCAGUCUGUUCUUCUUCAUCUUCAUCAUCAUCAUCAUCAUCAUCAUCAUCAUCAUCAGGAUCAUCAUCAGUGUCCAGAUGUUCCCUGUUGUGUUCAGUUGUGAAUGUGAGUGCUGUGACUCUCUCCUGGUACAAAGGAAACAGUUUAUUGUCCAGCAUCAGUGUGUCUGAUCUCAGCAUCAGUCUCUCUCUACCUCUGGAGGUGGAAUAUCAGGAGAACAACAUCUACAGCUGUGUGAUCAACAAUCCCAUCACAAACCAGACUCAACACAACAUCAACAUCACUCAACUCUGUCACAUGUGUCCAGACUCUGUUCAUUGUUGUGGUUCUACUGAAGCUGUGAUCCGAUUGGUCGUCUCUGCUCUGGUGGGCGUGGCUGCAGUUGCUGCUGUAGUUUAUGACUUCAGUUCUGGAAGAGCUCAGUAAAACAGAACAGAAGCAGGGAGCAAGGAGCAGGGAGCGAUGUUUUCUAAUCUAACAGGAUGUGUUAAAUAUAACACGCGUUGAAUGUGAUGCCAAGGGGCACAAAACCUUUCUUCUUCUUCUUCUUCUUUUUUUUU